AUGGCUUCAAAUAUCUUUACCAACUUGGAAAACGUCAUCAAGACUGAAGGUGAAUCACUCGUAAAGACCAUCAAGGGUAUCUACCAAUUCAACAUUGCUACUGCUGCUGGUGAAAAGAUUUGGUCUGUUGAUUUAAAGAAUGGAUCAGGUUCACUCAAGGCUGAUAAGCAUGAAAAGCCAGACUGCACCAUCACCAUGAAGGAAGAAGACUUUGUAAACUUGAUGAAUGGCAAGCUUAAUGGUCAAACUGCAUUUGCACAAAAGAAAUUAAAGAUUGGUGGUAAUAUGGCAUUUGCUAUGAAGUUGAGUGCUAUUGUAAAGAAAUUAGCUGCUGCUACUCCAGCUGCACCAUCCACUACUGCUGCUGCUCCAGCUGCCGCUGCUGGUGGUUCACUCGACGAUGGAACUCCAUUGGGCAAGGUAUUUGCUGAAUUGGCCAAGACUGUUGCUGGUAAGCCAGAGCUUGUCAAGCAAAUCAAUGGUGUCUACCUCUUUGACGUUGGUACCAAGAAAUACACUGUCGACUUGAAGAAUGAAAAGGGUAGCGUCAAGGCUGGCGUACCAGCCAAGGCUGACUGCACCAUCUCCAUCAAGGAAGAAGAUUUGAUCAAUUUAAUGUCUGGAAAGGUCAAUGGUCAAGUUCUCUUUGGUCAAGGAAAGUUAAAGAUUAAAGGAAAUAUGGGUCUCGCCAUGAAGUUGGGUAAAAUUACUGCUGCUGCUCCAAAAGCUAAGCUCUAA